AUGCAUCUAAAUCACAAAGUACCAUGGAACACAGCAGCCGCACACAUAAAUAUUAUAAGAUGCAAUCCUCAUUCCACACCUCGACGCACCGACUUCUUCGCCGAAAUAAACCCACGGAAAAAAUCGAGCCACUCAACCCUCCAAUUCGGCCUCGGGCCCCAUCAAAAAAACUCCGCCCUGCAUAACCCCCUAUCUACCAAGCACCGAGACAUCCAAUACUGGAUCGACAGCGCUAGCUCUAGCGACGACAGUUACCCUAUAAGCUACUGCAGCGGAGAUGGGGACCUCGCCGACGCAGUCAAACUGCUGAUUAUCAUAUCCGCAAGCGCGAGAAAGAAUGAUCCCCUAUCAAAGCAAAUGUCACGAGAAGCUUUUCCCGCUCUGAUAACGCCCUGGCGCCAUCCCCAGGUACCUUUUCAUACACUGGCACACAUCCAUUGGGGUCAUGCCUUCGGGGUAAAGCUCGUUGCGGAGCCGGCGUUGACGAUAUAUGUCAUGGUUAAUCUGAUGGAUGCUGUGCUUGUCGAGAAACGGUUGAAAGGGGAUGAUGGGAACGUAGCUUCACUUAUGGAAACGCAAACAUUUCAGUACUGGGCGCGUCAUGCGCUUGCGGACUAUGAUUACUCGACGCAGGAUGUUCCGCAUCGGGAAUAUUGGAAUCACUUUGGGGUUACGGAUAUGUGGCCUUCGCUGAAUCGUUGUGAGGAGGUUUUUGAUGCAACCUUGAAGGAGGAGGGCGUUACUGAUCCGUUGAGGGGUGAGAGCGAAGAUAUCAGAGUGCGUCUGAAGGAGUAUUUGAAGGCCUGUUUCGCUAUAUUGUACAUAUAUGAUAUGCUGCUGCGGGAAUGGUAUGGGGAGGAAGAAGCUGACGAGAAGUGGAACUGCUGUAUUGGUUCCCUCUUUGAGUCUUGGGGUUGCAUGGUCUAGAUUUGACUUCAACUGAGCUGCUAGUGGCUCUUAUCCAUGUAUCUUGAGUCGUGC